AUGUUUACCGGAAUUGUUGAGACCAUCGGCACCGUCUCGAAGCUAGCCAAGCUCGAUGAAUCAUCGAGUGGUGGUGGAGGUACAUCGCUUACCAUCAGCGGUGCCGCCGACAUCCUGGGCGACUGCAAUCUCGGGGACAGCAUAAGCAUCAAUGGUACCUGUCUCACUGUGACAGAGUUUGGGAAGGAUGAGUUCAAAGUGGGUGUGGCACCAGAAACUCUCCGCCGUACAAACUUGGGCUCGCUCAAGGAAGGCAGCGGAGUGAAUUUGGAGAGAGCCGUAAGCAGCCAUACCAGGAUGGGAGGCCACUUUGUGCAAGGACAUGUGGAUACUGUUGCCAUCAUUGCCAAGACGACACCGGAUGGCAAUGCCAUUACUUUCCGAUUGGAGCCAAGAGACAAGAGCGUGCUGAGAUAUAUCGUCGAGAAGGGAUAUGUGACGCUCGAUGGAGCGUCGCUGACCAUCACCGCUGUGAAUGAUACCGAGGGCUGGUUCGAGGUUAUGCUUAUUGCGUACACACAAGAAAAGGUUGUCAUGGGAAAUAAGAAGCAGGGCGAGGAUGUCAACGUCGAGGUGGACAUGGUUGGAAAGUAUGUUGAAAAGAGCGUGGCUGCGUACUUUGAGGGCAGUUCGGAAAGUGGUACAGGAGGUGMUGUGUUGGAGAAGAUGGUGCAGAAGAUUGUAGAUGAGAGGUUGAAGACGAGAGGAUGA